CUUGGUCCUGUCUUCAACUCCGCGAAAUUGUUGGUCGCAUUGAUCCCGAUGCGUGACUUACGACAUCAGCUUGUGCUAUUAAUUCGCGCCUCGAGGCCACAGAAUUUUGUGAUAAUCAAGGGAAUAUUCACCAUCAAACAAGGGAUUCUCAGGCUACCCAGCAGCAAUUCUCUAUGUAAUUAUAAGUGAUCCGCGCUUCACAACAACUCGCGGAUACAGCAAGGAGGACACCCGGACGCGGCAUGUAACUUAGGUUUUUCCUAUACUAUCAGGAUCACGCACACAGCAUGGAUGGGCUCUCCACGCUCGGCCUCGUGCUUUGCACCCUAGAACGAAACACGCGGCAGACAACCUGGAAGCUUCUUAACAGAAGGAUGCGAUGCUUAUUUACCAACUGCCUUGAUUUUAUCUCGAAUCACCCAGAUUCAUUCUAGCAUGUCUGCCAAAGGCAAAGAGAAGAUGAAUGCAAUGGUGACGGACCUCAUCGAUGGAACGCCGCCAUCCAAAGACGGCGUACCCAAGCAGUCCAUUCCUCACAGAAUGCAGACAAACGCUGUGCUGAGGACAGCGUCUUUUGCUUUUAUCCCAAAGCCUCCCCCUUCGCCUUCUAUUUCUGCGAAUCGAACCAACGGCAAUACAGUGCAACCAUCGUUGCCGAACAAUUCGCACAUAACCCUUGCGCGACAAACAUUGUCUAGCACUCUCUCCCCACGAGAGCUGAAUGGACACUUGGUCACAAACUCAAGCAGCGCCAGCACACGCUCUGGAGCUUCUGCUGGUACUCGUGAUCCUGCCCAUGAGGAGCUGGAGCUUCUUCAUGACAGCAUUAGUGACGUUCGAGGAAGGAGCAAGGAUCAUGAACUUCGCACGGCCCCAAUCAUAACCCGUGAUGCAUACGUUGCGGCAGGUUAUCGUGAAGGCGCCACUCAGUACGGCGUCUUAGGCAGUAUUCUGUCCAUCCACAAUAAAAAUAAUAUUCCAUACAAGCCAGUGAAUCCUCAGCUCUAUGUGAACACAAACGCACCCUUCUCUGCUGUGGUCUGUGGGGUUCAGGGCUCGGGGAAGUCACACACAGUUUCUCUGCUUCUCGAGAGUAUGUUUGUUCCGAAUAUGCGCUCUACUGGAACCCUGCAGAAGCCGUUGUCGGGGCUCGUUCUCCACUUUGGAGAAGGGGGUCCCAGCUCUCGACCUAGUGAAGCUGCAUGGAUCAGCUCGUCCCACAUCCCUGGUGUACAAACGCCAUCCGUCAAGGUUUACGUUUCACGUUCUUCUCUCAACACCAUGAAGGCUGUCUACGCGCCAUUGGGCGACGGGGUCACUGUCGAACCACUGUUCUUCACUCAAGAUGAGUUAGAUGCACAGGCUUUUCUGUCCAUGAUGGCUGUCGGCUCCUCUGAAUCAGCUCCGCUCUAUAUUCAGGGUAUUUUGUCGAUUCUCCGUGACCUUGGGGAAAACUUCACUUAUCCCGAAUUUAUGCGGCAGUUGGAAGUGAAGAAGGAGUCGUUCAACAACAUGCAGCUCGCAGGCCUUGAGCAGAGGAUGGCACUGCUUACGUCGUUCAUGAACCCAAACAUGAAAUCGCGAAGCCGCUUUGCGGAAUCGCAGCUCACGAUCAUUGAUUUAUCAGACCCGUUCAUCGACCCAGCGUCAGCAUGCGGACUGUUUGAAAUCAUCACGCGUCUGUUUGUCAGAGCGGACGUGGGGACCGGGAAAGUGCUAGUGGUUGAUGAAGCCCACAAGUACCUGUCGCCAACAAAAGGCUCAUCUGGCUUGACUAAGUCUCUCCUGACACUGACUAGGGAGCAGCGUCACCUAGCCAUGCGCGUUAUCAUCAGUACACAAGAACCUACGGUUGUGCCACCGGUUCUGCUUGACCUAUGCACUGUCGCAAUUUUGCACCGAUUCUCCUCCCCAUCGUGGUGGGAACAUCUGGCAAAGCAUGUAUCAGCCGACAUAUCAGCAGAAGAUGCUUUCGAUUGUGUCGUUAAACUGCAGACAGGUGAAGCGAUUGUGCUUGCGCCCUCUGGCCUGGGAGUAUUCCCAGAUACACCCGAUACUGCCAGGACAGGACAUGUAGUCCCAGUGCCGAAACUUGGACAAUUUGGUCGCCGCUACGUGCUCGUGAAGACUAGACGUAGGAUAACGAGAGAUGGCGGAGCAUCCAUACUCGUGAUUGACGACUGAGUCGUGCAAGUGAAGACAGAGCGAUGUUGACAGGGGGCUUCUCGUUCUCACUCUUGCAGAUGACGGUGAAAGUUAGUGUUUAGUGCAAAAUUGGAUCAUCUUGUUUAUGCUUGAGGUGUUCCAAUGUCAUGAAGAUGAGCCUU